AUGCAGAAAAGUAGUCCUGUUACCGGAAAACUCUUUGGUAGCAUCCUUGGCGACAUUGUUGAGAAGCAACCGAUUGAAAAACCAGCACCACCGUCUGUUUCAACGGCUAAUGCAAAAGGAUUCCCUAGCAUUCCAAAUGUUCUGCCUCAACGGAGAAAAAAGGUCAGUGCGUUCAAACAGCGACAAAAUAGACAACGGGAUUCACAACCGGCGAAGCAGUCGGAAACUCAAGGUAUCGAUGAGGAAAACGAGGCUCGUCUGAGUCAAAUGUCAAGGACUGAAAUUGAAGACGCCCUUCAGGAACUCCAAUCCUCGUUAUCUCCCGAAGCACUUGAAGUGCUAAAGCUUCGUAGCAAACAAAAAUACGGACAGAUGAACGAGGAACAACUGAAUCAUGAAGAACAGAAAACAACGAAGGAACAACGAAACGUGUACUCUAGUAUGGAACCUGUCGUUCAGCGGGUUCUCGAUAGUGCUUCCCAAGCUGGACAAGAUCCUGACGGUUUACUUGAAGCAAAUGAAACUGUAAGACAAGAGCUACCUGUGGGAGAAAAGAAAACGGUCCGGUUUGCUGAGGAGCCUGAGGUCACACCUGUGCCUGAGCAAAGCAGUGUGAGUGGGAAUGCCGAACAAUCAAAAACUGCUACUGCUCUUAAUGCUGCCAAAUUCGCUGAUGAAGUCCACAUUCCUCAAAAAAGAGUGGAUCUCAACCCUGAGGACAAAAAUUUUUAUGAAGCACUUCACGAGAAAUAUUUCCCUAAUCUCCCCGUGGAUGAAAAGCACAUGCAAUGGCUUCGUGACCCGUUGCCGGUGGAAGACACGUAUAAUCCCGAUAUGGAAUUCCUCACAGCAAAGGAACUUCGGUUUGGUUUCAAAGGUCAGCUUAUCACACCUAGUCAAAGCCAACAAAUUCCUGUUAACGAGGGUCUUCAUCACCACGGUGAUGCCCCGAUGAGUGCAGGUUACACGAUUGUUGAGCUAGCUCACUUGAUGCGCUCACGGGUACCUGCGCAGCGGUGUAUCGCGAUUCAAACAAUUGGACGUGCGCUAUAUCGUCUAAACAAGGACGAAUUCGGUCCAGAGCUUGGACCCGAGUUGCAUACGCUUGUGGAAGAUGCCCAAAUUAUUCCUCUUCUCAUGGCCUCAGCAAGUGACCAGGAACGGCACUUAAGUGUUCGUUCUCUUGCUAUUGAGGCAUUGUGGUUAUGGAAGGAAAGUCAACAAAAGAGAACUAGAGAGGCCUACUAA